AUGGGACCAACAGACCAACCUCAACUCCCCACCCUACGCUGGGGCAUCAUCAGCGCUGGCCUGAUCUCCUCUUGGUUCGUAGAGGACCUCCUCAUUGAGCGUCCAGGCGCGCAGGCAGAACACAUAGUGCAAGCUAUAGGCUGCUCCUCAGCGACCAAAGGUGCAGAAUUCGUUUCCAAAUACAUUCCCUCGUCGGCACACCAACCCAGCGUCGGCACCUACGAGGACGUCUAUAGCAACCCGAACGUAGAUGUAGUCUACAUAGGGACUCCACACGCAUUCCACAAGAAAAAUUGCCUCGAUGCCAUCGCCGCAGGCAAACACGUGCUGUGCGAGAAGGCGUUCACGAUCACUGCCAAGGAGUCGAGGGAAGUGUGCGCCGCCGCAAAGCAAAAGGGCGUGUUCGUGAUGGAGGCGAUGUGGUUGCGCUUCAUCCCCCUCGUGGUGGCGCUGGGCAAGAAACUGCACGAGGAGCGUGUGAUCGGGGACGUGAGAAGGAUGUUCUGCGACUUUGGUUUGAAUAUGAACCUCGCGGCACUAGGUCCGGAGUCCAGGCUCAAGAAUCCGUCACUCGGCGCGGGGAGUCUGUUGGAUAUUGGCGUCUACUCCCUGACGUGGGGACUGUUAGGGUUGGACAGCGAGAUUGGUGAGCGGGCGCAGAAGCCGAAGGUCUUGGCUGUGCAGAGUCUCUCAGACACAAUUGAUGUCGCGAGCACUUUUAUCCUGCAGUAUUCGAAUGGCGCGCAGGGCGUUUUGACGUCGACAACCGAGUGUAAAUCCGGCCGCGACUUUUGCCGCAUCGAGGGCACAGACGGAUAUAUAACUGUCGAGGGAGGCGCAGCAUCGGUUCCAGACGCGUUCACCGUUCACAAGGAGAUUCCUGGCCCGAAAAAGAGUGAUGCGUCAGGUAAAGUGACUCAGUUAUCGAAAGAAGUGUUCAAAUUCGAGAAGCCGGGAAGGGGUUUCUACUACGAAGCUGAUGCGGUUGCACUAGACAUUGCAUCUAAGAGGUUAGAGAAUGCUGUCAUGCCUCAUGCAGAAACUGUGCGGGUGAUGCAAAUCAUGGAUGAGAUCAGGAAGCAGGGUGGUACGAAGUUUCCACAGGAUGAUGAAUAG